AUGUGGAAGGGCAAAGGAGGUCCUCCGAGGGACGGCCACGACAAAAGCCUAGACGGCAUUACUGGACCCGACGCCUCGCGUGCGACUUGUUCACCCUCCAUAGUCCUCCUGACUCCAACCACUCUCUAUCAGAUUUCCGCUCCCCGUAUCGCCUACUUCUCUUCAGUAGCUGGGGAGCCAGAAGACGACGCCUUCUUCUGCGUAACGCCCUUGCCCCUACGUGGGACAUGGGACAAAUGCAAAACCCUUCACGAAGCAAAUCAAUUAGUGCCCUAUUUUGAUAUCGAGGACACGCCUUCACUUCACGACUACAUCGACUGCAAGAUACAGUUGUAUAACGAAACCGGCGAACACGACGAAGACGGAGAACUCCGCGAAAUCAAACUCCGUUCCAAUCCUCAGCUUGCCCGAUCCAUUUUCCUGAAACGCGCGCAGAUAGGGAGCAGGUGUCCGACCUGA